AUGUAUGGACGCCGCACUGCCGUCCUCGGCAUCAUGACGCUCGUUAACGCCAUGGCCACCACGGUCCAGAAUCUGUCGUUUGGAGCCGACAACUUCUACCGUAGCGAGAGCUACCGCACCAACGUGGCGGGCAACCUCUUCUACCCACGCAACCUAAGCCGCAGUGUCGAGACUCCUGCCAUCGUCGUCGGCCACCCCAUGGGUGCCGUCAAGGAGCAGAGCGCCAAUCUUUAUGCCACCAAACUUGCCGAGCAGGGUUUCAUCACUAUCUCUAUCGACCUCCCCCACUGGGGCGGUAGUGAUGGUGAACCCCGCAACGCCGUUUCGGCCGAAUACUAUGCAGAGGCGUUCAGAGCCGCAGUCGACUACCUCGGCCUACAGGAAUUUGUCGACCAGCGCAAGGAGCUCAUCAACGCCGCCGCCGCACAGCGCUGGACCGAGUCCGAGGGCGCGGAGCCCGGGUUGAUCGGUGGCACUGUGGACAGGCGCGAGGACGCUACGGAUGCUAUUCAGCAAGAGUUCUACGACUUUUACCGCACCACUCGCGGUGAGAUCACACCCCUAGGUGCUUUACUUGACACCACGACUCACCCGACACGCUCGAGCCAAGUCAAGUUCCUUAGCUUUUACCCCUUCAACGAUAUCGACACUAUCGCGCCUAGGCCCCUGCUUUUCGUCUCCGGUGACCAGGCCCACUCGCGUGAAUUCAGUGAGGAGGCCUAUAGGCUUGCUGCUGAGCCCAAGGAGCUGAUCUGGGUCCCUGGUGCUGGCCACGUUGAUCUCUACGAUCGUGCGGAGCUCAUCCCCUUUGACAGAUUGACUCGCUUUUUCAAGCAAAGCCUGUAA